AGCCAGUAAGUACAGCACUGUGCUGAGUGCCGGCUGGGGGCAGCCCACCAACAUGGGCGUGGCUCCCUGUUGGUGCGGUGUUUGAGACAGUAAGUCAACAGCUAUGCCAACAGUGGUAGAUGGCAUGAGGUCGAGAGCAGGCUGCCCACAGGAGCGGCAGGAAGACAGACGGGAAGCUACAAGCCGGGGGAAGGAAAAGCCCACAUGGAAAGAACCUAAAGAAGGGUAUUUCCAGAAAGGAAACUCCUGGAUAGUCUGUGGUCUUUAGUCAUUGCCACGGAAAAGAACUAAGAACUGUGGGAUUGACGCUCCACAUGCCAGAGAUGGUUCAGGUGUCUGAAGGCUGCUAGGAAGUGAGGUCAAACUGCACUCCUGUGGGUGGCCUGUCUGAGAGAACUCAGUGGAGCAGCGGACACUCAACCAUCUCGUCUCCUCUCGUCUCAUUGGGCCUUAGUCUCGUUGGGCCUUAGAACAGAGAUCGGAGUGGGGCAUGUGACUCUCCCGGAACCCUGGACCCACAGAGCCUGAAGAUCCCAGCAGCCUUGGACCAUGGCAAGUCUGGAGCAUCCUGGGAGCCCUGGCUGGACAGGACCCAUACACCAGUGCACACCAACAACCAGACAAGACGUAAUGCCCUCUGGCCCAGACCUCCCAUGUUCAGGACCAGAAGAACACUUAGAAACCCAGGACGGUCCUAGCUCCAACUCCAGCAUGACCACCAGGGAGCUACAGGAACACUGGCAGAAGGAGAAGAGCCGCUGGCGACACGUCAAGCUGCUCUUUGAGAUCGCUUCAGCCCGCAUCGAGGAGAGGAGAGUCUCCAAGUUUGUGAUGUAUCAGGUCGUGGUCGUUCAGACAGGGAGCUUCGACAGCGACAUGGCGGUGGUGGAGCGGCGCUACUCAGACUUCGAGAGGCUGCAGAAGGCCCUCCUGAAGCGCUUCGGGCCGGAGCUGGAGGACGUGGCCUUCCCGCGGAAGCGCCUGACGGGGAACCUGUCGGCCGAGACCAUCUGCGAGCGCCGCCUGGAGCUGCGCGACUACCUGCGACUGCUGUACGCCGUGCGCGCCGUGCGCCGCUCGCGCGAGUUCGUCGACUUCCUGACACGGCCCGAGCUGCGCGAGGCCUUCGGCUGCCUGCGCGCCGGCCAGUACGCACGCGCGCUCGACCUGCUGGGCCGCGUGCUGCCGCUGCAGGAGAAGCUGACGGCGCACUGCCCGACCGCCGCCGUGCCCGCGCUCUGCGCCACGCUCGUCUGUCUGCGCGACCUGGAGCGGCCGGCCGAGGCUUUCGCAGUGGGCGAGCGCGCGCUGCAGCGCCUGCGGGCCCGCGAGAGCCACCGCUAUUAUGCGCCGCUGCUGGACGCCAUGGUGCGCUUGGCCUACGCGCUGGGCAAGGACUUCGCGUCGCUGCAGGGCAGGCUGGAUGACAGCCAGCUCCGGAGUCCCACGCACAGGGGCUUUACCCUGAAGGAGCUCACGGUGCGAGAGUAUCUGUGCUGAGCCGGCCUGGCUGGUGCCCUGGCAUCCAGACUGCGGACAAAGACCUGGGUCACUAUCACUGGCGAGCUGCUUGGGGCUGUCACGGGUGGGUUUUGCUGGACAACUUUAGACAAGAACCUCUUUACUAUGUCUGCUAAGCAGAGGGUCUCCUGAGAUCCCUGGAAGAGUCAUCUUGUGCCCCUUGGGUGCAAGGUUUUUUGAACCCAGAGCUCACAGGCUUAGCUGUCAAAACUUUGCAAGUACUGUGGGCCUUACCAUCUGGGAAUGGGAUGAACUGCCUUCCGCAGAGAAUGAGUUCAAGGCCAGCCUAGGCAAUUUGGUGAGACUGUCUCAAAAUACAGAGUUCUGAGGAUGUAGCUCAAUAGCUGAAUGCUUGCGGAACAUAUGAGACGCCUUCAUUUCAAUCCGCAAUACUACAAUAAAAGAAAAAGAAGCACUCGGGUUUUUUUUUUGUUUGUUUGUUUUUUUUUUGUUUUUUUUUUUUUGUAAGCAGCCAGGGAAGAAGUUUGCAUGACGACCUCGGACCUCAUGGGACUAAUGAGCUGAGCUGAUGGAACAGUCUGGCUUGAAGCCUUAACCAGCUGCUGCAUUCAGAGUGAAUGAGCCAAGAGACCAAGGCACCAUACUGAUGUAGGAGGAGUUAGUUCUUCCAAGAUAGGAUUCACGAAACUGCACCCAAAUCUUGUUCAACAUCGAUGCCUUAUGGCAACUACCAUAAUAGGCCCGUGCAGGCCGUUAGAAUGAAGCAGAGAGAGUCUUCCUUCAAGCACUUUUUCCAGGAAGACACUGCAAGUGGAAAUACUGGGCUUCUUCAAAAACUGGUCUUGGGGGAAAUUAAUGGACUCAGUGGCAAAAUAAAAGCUGUGUCUGUUUGUCCUGGUGAUUCUGUAAGCUAUUUCUUCAAGUCUAAAAUGUACUCAAUAAAAUACAACAGAGAAUACAGCGCCCUGUAUACAGAAUUAACAGGAAAUUCUAGGGGAAAAAACUGAGUAGCCAAAGAACCGGAUUCUCAUUGUAAGGCUCAACCAAUGUUGAGCCAAACUUCUGCCAUGGUUUGAAUGCCCCCACUUUGAACUCUAACUGUGAAAUAGUAAGAGGGUAGAAAUUGACGUGGCAGUGCAUGCCUGUAAUCCCACCACUCAGGAGGAGGCUAACACAGGAAGAUUGUGUGUUCCAGGGCAGCCUGGGAGAUGUAGUAAAUUCCACCUUGGCUUGAGCUUUUAUGUUCCAGGCCAGCCGGGGGUGCCUGUCUAAAUAAAGAAGGGAUUGGAAACUUAUGCAAAUAUGGCGUCUGGAGGUGGCAAUUUUGGAAAGUAAUUGAUACUAGACCGGAGCAUAAGGGCAGGCCCCUGCAAUAGCACGGGUGACCUCAUCAAAGGUGCCUGCCUGUUCUGUCUUUCCUUGUGAUUCCCCACACAGCCUUGGGACUCUGCGGAGUCCACCAUUUAGAAGUCUCUUAUCAGAAGCAGCCCUCUUGACUUUGGACCUCCAGAACAAAGAGCUGAAGAAGCCUCUGUUCUUUAUGAACUAUGCAGUCUAUGGUACCUGGCUGCUGAACAGAAAAUGGACCAAGACUCCUAUGUGUUCCAACCUGUGACUAAGGACAAUGGUGAUGUGACCAAGGUGGAAAACAUCUGGGAAUCUGGACUCCAACUAGCACUCACCCACACCUGGGGCUGAUUAAUCACAGUUUGGGCUAACAUAGCUUAAGCAAAGAGGCUGGGCCUCGGUGCUCUCUGAUGGACAUACCCUUGGCAUUGUAAGGGAAA